AUGGCACAUUACAGUAACUCAGUGUUUCUAGACCAGAACAAACAUGAAUUACCUGCUUACAUUUACUCUGGAGGAGUUAACAGAGAUGCUACGAGUUCGACCACAUCGCAUGCAACUUGGGCUGGGGUCCAAUGUAUUCAAGCAGUACCAUCGUCAUCAAUUAUUUGCGCUGCACCCGCCUCAUGCCUCUCCAACGCUUGUUCACGGAAUGAUGGCCUCCACAAUGACCCGAGAGCGUCAGAACCUUCCGGAAUCGACUCGGUCUUCGCUUCAAGAACGAUCAGUGAUAAAGCAAUCAAAAGCGAAACCGCGAAUGAGUUAAGCGACUAUUCUUUGUCUACAUGCGCGGCCAUUUUUAACCCCGACCGGGAGUCAUGUUUUGUGCCGUUGUUGAACACAGGUGUUUGGGGACAUGCGUAUUUGAAUCAAGUUGCCGCCCUGACGCAGACACCGGUGUCACCAUCGAAUGGAGUACGCAUCGGCUACCAUUCCCAACCAGAAAUGCUUCUUGACUUUCAGCCAAUUAAUGGUGACAUCACGGUCGUAUCACCUGAUAUAAGCGUAUCACAGCUACAGCAAGCGCUAGUCGCUAACGCCGACUACGCAUCAGCACACGGAGAUGCUCAGCUCGUUGACGCAUAUUCACAGCCUGUAAACGCUACCAAUGGAUUUGAUUCCAGACCGACUGACUCAACCAGUUCUGCCCUCCAUUCCAUAUUUACCACUAAUAAAAUAAUUCAUCCACUGUAUGGAGCAUUCAACUUCAUCGCAGACACGAGCACUGCGAACCCUGACGUGGAUGAAUACUCUGCGAAAAAGUCGGUUUAUCACGACUCACCAGCUCCUAAUCUCAAUGCUGCUUUGAUUAACUUUGCUACCAGUGUGAGUGCAAGUGAGCUAUCUGGUACCAACGUCCAACCCUCUCACGUGGACCCCUGGUGGGAUAAUCACACAUCUGGUACCGCUUCAGCGAAUUUGGGAAAAUUCAGCAGUAUGCGUGACCACAUUUACUCUGAUCCAACAUACUAUGCACGAGGACCCAGUGAUUUGACUUCGCAACUACCCGAGAUGUCUUCAGCCUAUAGAUCAUACCAACAUUUGACUGAGUCCAUCCGAAUGCAAAGUGAUGCCUCGUGCGGUAAGUCACGUCUACACACCUUGUUCACUUGUGAUAGGGUUCACCUACUCCUUAAGAGAAUUUGGUACCCAAACGCCUUAUUUGUGGUUUUAACCCAUAGAUGA